UAAAAUGCAAAUUUUCAUAGAAAAAUUAUAUAGUAUCAUUAAUUUCUCAUUUAUUAGCAAAAUAGAAAAAAUAGGUAUGGGAAAUACAUUGGGAGAGAGGGAACAUAUUUCAUUUCUUGAUCCUACAAAGAUGUAGGGAGUGGCGUGACAUCCCCAGUGCUGCCUCCCCGGGGCUCUCUCCUAUGGGCACAUAAUGUGCCUGUCUACAUUAACCAUAAUCCUCUCCUGCUUAUGUCACAUACUCGGAGCACGCCCUUGGCCCCAAAGGAUGCGACCACUUCCUGAAUAAACAAGACUUGAUUGAACUCCUCAACUUGUCUCCAUCUCUCUUUGUCUCCCACCCUGUUUUAUUCAUCCCCGUUCCCCCUCCAGGUAUAUACCCCAUGGAUUGAUUCAUGGGCCGGAUCAAGUGGUGCCCAGCAUGAGGGCUCCUGGCACAGGGGAGUCAACAAGGGAGCUGUUUGAGAACCCCAGCUGAAAGUGAAAGCAAAUUGAAUCAAGGACCGAGGCCUGUGUGGACGACCGCCCGACUUGCCGCCCAAGCCAUGAUGGCCAAAAACGUUUUGCCUUUAGCCUUCCAUCGAUUAAUUUCAGAGCACCUAUGCACAGAUUUCAAUGAUGACACAAUUCCCCAGAGCCCUGUGCUGCCUACUCAGCCUUCUCCUCAGACUGUACCACACCCAUGGUGGAUUUGGACCCCUGCCAAACAGACUACAACUGCUGACAGCCAUGUACGGAACCCCCUGUGACUGCAGAGGAGGCUCUUCUCAGUCUGGAGGAACACAAACCAGCCAAAUAGACUGCAGUAAUAAGCUAGCGGUUCUCAGGGCCUGGCCCUCUCCUACAGGGGGAUAUACUCAAAAUUGGGAAUGCAAAACUAAACCCCAAGUUAUACCCAAACAAAAUAACCGAACAGGGCCUUGCCCACAGGAGUAUAAGUCAUGUCAGAUAGAGAUGCAUAGCUCCUGUUAUGAUGCUGUACAAGAUUGUACUGGCUUAGAUAAUGCCACUCAUUUUAAAGCCAUACUUACAAAAAUAAAAAUGGCAGCAGCCAGAGGUGAUUGGGGCUUCAACCCCUCUGUAUCAGGAAGCCCCAUAUACACCCAAGCCUCCUGCAAAGGUGAAAUCAACAAGCCAGUCUGUUGGUAUAAGAGGGCUCCAAUCCAUGUCUCAGAUGGGGGAGGUCCUCAAGACAAAAUGAGAGAACUUUAUGUUGAGGAAAAACUAAAAGAAAUAGAAGACAGUCUAUUCCCAAAGAUCAAUUACCACUCGUUAGCUUUCCCCAAAUCAUGGGGUAUGGACUUAGACCCACAAACUUAUCAUAUCCUUUUAGCCCCUCACCAUGUACUUAACCUCAUUAACCCUGCUUUAGCGCAAGACUGCUGGUUGUGCAUGGCCUUAGGCACUCCUAUGCCCUUAGCCAUCCCCUCCAACUCAACAAUUGACCCCUCUCGUGAUCCACAUAAUUUUACCUGUAGACCUUCCCAAUCAUUUCUAGUCCAGCCAUUAAUAACACCCAACAUAUCCAUGACCUCCCUACAGGGCUCUCUCCAAAAUGAUUCUACCCUUAUAGAUAUGGGCCAUCUCCUGUCCACUGCCUGUGUUCAAUUUGUCAAUCAUAUAGGCCCCCUGUUCCCCCCAACAGAACACAUUUUUGUCUGCAGUAAUAAUAGGGCCUAUACCUAUAUUCCAGCCAACUGGACAGGUGCAUGCAUAACUGCUUCCCUCCUGCCUGACAUAGAUAUUGUCUCAGGUGACCAACCUGUCCCAGUGCCAACACUUGAUUACAUUGCUGGCCGCCAAAAACGAGUGGUAACACUGAUCCCACUUUUAGUGGGAAUGGACAUCACUGGCACUGUAGCCAUGGGUACUGCUGGCCUCGCCUUUGCCUUAGAUAAAUAUGCUGACCUGUCCAACCAGUUGUCUGAAGAUGUUCAAGCUUUAUCCUUUACGUUAAAAAGUCUCCAAAACCAAUUAGACUCACUGGCAGAGGUCGUCUUACAAAACAGGUGAGGGCUAGAACUGCUCACAACAGAGCAGGGGGGAAUCUGUCUUGCCUUACAGGAAAAAUGUUGCUUCUAUGUCAGUCAGUCUGGUGUUGUGUAAGGCAAGCUCCAAGAAAUAGAAGAAGAAUGACUUCAACAGCGGUGACAACAAAUGGCUGCUAACUCCUUCUCCUCAAUGUGAGGGGGGGACUUUUCCCUUACUUAGCAUCCCUUUUGAGUCCCCUAGCUGCCCUGCUGCUUCUCCUCUCUGUGGGUGCUUGUAUUUUUCAGAGGAUUAUGACACUCAUUAAUAACCGGAUAGACGCGUUUAUGGCAAAGCCCAUUCAGGUACACUAUCACCAGCUGGAGAUGGCAGAUCAACAAACCUGCUGGGAAAGAAUUCCCACAAGUGGCCCAUAAGACGAUAUGGCACAACUGCCCUGGGGCAAUGGACAGGCAGCCAGAGACGGGUAACUAGGACAUACAUGUUACACCACCAGCCGCCUAAGACAGGCACAGGACCAACUGCUGUCCUGCAAGCCCAUGAUGGGUAAGACCUGGUUGGACUCAUGUAAUGAAGUCCUUGACCUAAGACAGGCGCUGUCCUCACAGGGCCUACCAUACUCCUGAUUAAAUAAUAUAAAAAGGGAGGAGAUGUAGGGAGCAGCGCAACAGCCCCAGUGCGCCUGCCUAUAUUAACCAUAAUCCUCUCCUGUUUAUGUCACAUACUCGGAGGUCAUGAUGACCCAUCAGAAACCACCCCGUACCCUCUUCCUGUCCCACCAGCCUGCCCUCGGCCCAUAAAGGAUGUGACCACUUCCUGAAUAAACGAGACUUGAUUGGACUCCUCAA